AGGUAUCAAACAUGUAUUCAAGUGAGGAAUCAAGUGAUUCUGAUUCUGGAUGCUUUAAGCGUGGCAAACGAACAACAUCUGAUGAAAAAUCAUCACCAAAAAGGGAUUCUCGUAAGAAGCGCAGCUCAGAUCAGAGACACGAAUCUGAUAGAAGACAUAGACAUGAACAUGAUUCGCGUAGAGAUAAAUUGGACAAGGGCGAUGAGAAAAUUAGUCGACAUUCAUCUUCGUCACACAGCAAAACUCACAGCCAUAAAGAACACCCACGUCAACGUUCAAAUAAUGAUGAUUCAAGUAAUAGAAAGCGUACGCGCUCACGUUCUAAAGAUCGUCGAAAAUCUGAUAUUCAUGAGCACAGAAAGGAUAAUUUUAAUGAUCGUAGAAGAGAUCCUGUUGACGAUAGACGUAGAGAUGCUUUUGAGAAUAGACGUAGAGACAUUACUGAUGAAAAACGUCAUAAAAUUGUAGAUGAUAGACGUCAUGAAGUUUCAGACGAAAGGAAUCAAAAGAUUGUGCAUGAAAGAAGCAGAGAAUCAGGAAAUGAUAGGCACAGAGAAGUUUUAGAUGAUAGACGUAAAGAUGACAUCCGUAGAGAACACACUUCAAUAGAAAGCAGACGCAAAGAAGCACCUGAACAGCGCAAAAAGGAAGCAAUUGAUGAAAAACGUGAAAUUGAUGUCAAAAAUCGGUCACAUUCCAACGAUAGACGUCGUGAACGAGACGAUUCAUCCUCACAUCAUUCAAAGUCAAGUCACAGCACUAAUAAAGAUGAAAGAGAUUCUAAAAAGUCCCAAAAUCGAGAUGAGAUUCCUAAAAUUAAAGAAUUGCAAGUUAAAAGUUUUGAUGAUUCUAAAAAACAUAAACAUCGAGAUGAACAUAAAGAUGAGCAUUUAAAGUCCAAAGGUCGAGAUGAAAAAAUUGAUAAAGAAGAUUUGAUUAAGCCUAGACAAAAAGAUGAUCAACGUGUCAAGGUUGAUAGAAUAUUAGAGAAAUCUCAUAAAGAAAAGUCUAGAAAUAAGGAUGAUCAUCAUGAUAGACACAAACAUGAACAUAAAAAUGAACAAAUAGACAAGAAUCGACCAGUUUUGCCACGUAAAGGAUCGUCUGAAAUGAACUCAAGAAAUUCUAGCAAUCGUAGUUCUGAAAAGCGUGACGAAAAGGAAGAUUAUGACUCAUCUUAUGGACCAGCCUUACCACCAUCAAGCAAUGCAACAAAACAAAAUGAAAGAAAACUCGUUGGACCAGAAAUACCUUCAGAUUUUAUCAAAAACAAAAGAAAUGUUGGACCUGCAUUACCCAAAGACCAUGAAUUGAUGGAUGAAGAAAUUGACAAUUAUGAUAACAUUUCAUCAGACGAUGACUGCAUGAUUGGACCAUUGCCUACAGACGACACAUCGAAAUUGAGUGAAAUUGAGCUUGAACGUGAAAAGAGGAAAAUUGAAAUGAAAAUUCAGAAGCUUGAUCGAAGAACUAAGGAAAUCAAGUCUCAAAUGGACAAGCGUGAGGACUGGAUGCUCGAACUCCCAGAAGUCAAAAAAGUGCCAGAUUUAGGACUCGGAGCACGUCAAUUUCGUCGCAACGAACAACCAGAUUUUAGUGAUCGCAGCUCAUGGACAAAAACACCAAAUGAUGGAAAUGAAAAGCAACAAGAAGCACCAGAAGAUCAUCGUCGUAGUACUGAAAAGCGUCGACGUGAUGAGUUUAUAGCAAAGCGUGAUGCCGAACAAGAAGAGUUGGCACGAAAGCAUAAGAAACUACAUAAACGCGAUAAAUCUUUGUUAGAGUUGCAUGAAAAGAAGCUGAAGAAGGAAAAGAAAAAGUCAAAAGAUGAAAAGGAAGAGCGAAAGCCAUUUAAUCGUGAGACUGACCUACAAGUUAAUCGUUUUGAUGAGUCUAGAAAGAAGUCAGCCAUAAAGAGUGCUUCAAUGCUUGACGAUCGCUUCUCACGUGGAAAUAGGAAGUUUCUAUAAAUCCUUUUGAAUUUAAUAAUGCUGAAAUGUAAAUAACUUGAAAGUUAAUUUCACAUCCAAUAACUGAAUUUGUAGAAUUUUCCUCUCUCUUUUAAAUUACUCAUUCUUAAACAAAAAACAAAAAACCAAGAAGAAGAA